GGAUAUAACUCUCCAGCAGAAUCCAUCUCUUUUUCUCUUCACCAUCGCCUGAAGCUCUCCUCCUGAGGAUUUCCCAUUGCCAACCCCUGGGAUGCUGUGAGGAAGAGGAAGAUGCCCAUGGACACUGAGGCAGAGCAGGAACUGAGCAUGGAGAGCAGGGAGGACAAAUGCCUGCGGCAGAACCUGGUGGAAGAGGCCGUUUUGAGCGGCUCCACGGCGCAGGAAGCCAACGGGGAGGAAAAGCCCCGGAGAUGCCGCACGAGGAGGAGCUGCAAAUGCAGCUGGUGGGGAUCUGAGGGGGAAAGAGCCAGCCUGGGCCGGGAAGGUGGCGGGAGAUGGAGCCAGAGCUCGGAGCUGGUACUCCAUGAGCAGCUCCAUGAUGGGGAGAAGCCCCACAUGUGUGUGGAGUGUGGGAAGAGCUUCAGGCGGAACUGCAACCUGAUUGUGCACCAGAGGAUCCACACUGGGGAGAAGCCCUACGAGUGUGGGGAGUGUGGAAAGAGCUUCAGCCAGAGCUCCAGCCUGAUCAAGCAUCAGAGGAUCCACACUGGAGAACGGCCCUUCGAGUGUGGGGAGUGUGGGAAGAGCUUCAGCCUGAGCUCCAACCUGAUCAAGCACCAGAGAACCCACACUGGGGAGAGGCCCUUCGAGUGUGGGGAGUGUGGGAAGAGCUUCUCACAGAGCUCCCACCUGUCCUCGCACAAGAGGACCCACACUGGGGAGAGGCCCUAUGAGUGUUCCAAGUGUGGGAAGGGGUUUCAGAUCAGCUCCCGUCUCAUCAGGCACUAUCAGAGUCACACAGAGGAGAGGCCCUUCCAAUGCCCCGAGUGCGGGAAGGGAUUCAGGCAGAACGCCCACCUCAUCAGGCACCGGCGCAUCCACACUGGGGAGAGGCCCUACGAGUGUCCCCAGUGUGGGAAGAGCUUCUCCAGGAGUUCUCACUUGACCCGACACCAACAGAGGCACCGCCACCAGAUGAUCCACACCAGGGAAUGGCCCUACAAGUGUGGGGAGUGUGGGAAGGGCUUCAGCUACAGAUCCAACCUUGUGACCCACCAACGUCUCCACACUGGAGAGAGGCCCUACGAGUGUCCCCAGUGUCAGAAGAGGUUUCCGAGCAGCUCCAAUCUCCUCCAGCACCAGCGGAUUCACACUGAGGAGAGGCCCUUCCUCUGCCCUGAGUGCGGGAAGGGCUUCAAGCGCAACUGCAACCUCAUCAAGCACUGGCGCAUCCACACUGGGGAGAGACCCUACCAGUGUGCCACAUGUGGGAAGAGGUUUCAGACAAGCUCCCAUCUCCUCCUGCAUGAGCGGAUUCACACGGAUGAGAGGCCCUUCCACUGCCCCGACUGUGGGAAGGGUUUCAAGCACAACUCCACCCUCAUUACCCACCGACGCAUCCACACAGGGGAGAGGCCCUACAAGUGUCCCCAGUGUGAGAAAAGCUUCACCAGUAGCUCUCACUUGACCAGACACCAACGGACCCACCAGUAAGGGAAGCCCUGCAAAUGCCAAAAAUGCAGGAACAGCUUCAUGCACCACUCCAGCUUCAUCCCCCAUUAGAGGGCCCACAUUGGGAAGAACCCUGGUGAUCCAGUUUCCCUGUGGUCUAUGCUGGAAAAACACCUGUCCCUUUUCCUGCCCUUGCCAAAGACAUGAUGUGGGACGGAAGAACAUGAGGGUCUGGCCAUGGCCGUGUCAUUACAUUCACUCGCACC